CGCUACCAGCGGGAGGGGUUGGUUUGUGCGGAGCGGGCAGGUGCGGCGGGCAGGGGCGAGCUUUGUGUUCUCCUUUGAGGAGUGAUGGGGCUAUUCCGGAAUUAACAAACCACUCUAAUUUCUUUAUAAAUUAUCGCAGAGUUGAUUUUACCGAUCGUUUGAUGAACAGCACGCUCAGGAAAUCUACUAUGACUUAAGCCCUGAAAACCACCUGAGGCUCCACAUUCCAAAAAUUCACCUGUGUUACAUGCAGAACCUUUCAAAAACCAAUGGCCAGAAUGCUACAAGCUCCACCCAAGUUGCAUUCUUCAGAAUGGCACGUUGCAAACAAGAUGCAGUGUGCCAGUACAGAGUCUCAGAAAUCCAGUUCAGAGCGCUUAGUAGCUGAGAGUCGAAGACUGGUGGAUGAAAUAGAAAAGACAACUCAGAAAACCCAAAGCAGUGUCAACAAGAAAAUAGAACAGAGACUGGAAGAAAUAAAGUUCUGGAAGCAAGAAUUAGAUAACAAACUUGAACAACUUGUUAAUGAGACAGAGGUACUGUUUACUUUCAAGAUCAGGCUGGAGAAAGCCUUGGAGAGCUGCAAAGAGCCACUUGUAAUUUCCCAGAAGUGUCUCCUGAACAGGCAGAGACGAGCUGGGACUGACUUGGUGCAUGAUGAAGUGGAACAGGAACUGGUCAAGGAAGCUGGAGUUCUGCAGGGGGUUAUUGCUUUGCUUGAACGUACAUUAGAACAAACGAAUGAGCAAAUCAGACUAAACCGUUCCACAAAAUACAACCUGGAAAUGGAUGUGAAAGACAAGUUCACAGCUUUGAUGAUUGACAAUUACUGUGCUAGCUUGACAAACAACACUCCUGAUGUCAGAUACACUGAUAAAACAGUGGAAAUAGAAGGAAAUUUUGUUAGCCCUGAAGACUGGUUAUAUUUCUCAAACAUAAAUGUUGAAAAGGCUGACAAGCAGAGAAACAAUUCAGUGGCGCUAAGGGUGCUGAUUGACAGCAUCCUCUCCCAGGCAGUGAAUGACAUGUGCAAGCAAUAUGAGAUGGUGAAUAUCGCAUUUAGAAAUAGAGUGGAGGAAGUCAGAGAUGCCAAGCACAAGCUGGAGACGCUCCUUGCAGUGUGUGCUGUGCUUUCUUCUGUUGGAUUUGUUAAGGUGAUGAAGGAGGCUGCCUCGCAGGAGAUGAACAUUGUAGCCUUAAAGAAAGCAAUUGCUGAUAAAGAAGGACCUGUUAAAGUGGCUCAAACCCGCUUGGAGGCAAGAAAUCAUCGCCCUGGAGUGGAAUUAUGUUAUGACACAGUGCAAUAUAGGUUGACCGGUGAAGUUCAAGAGAUUACAAACAACAUUCAAAGAUUAAAGGACACACUGGCACUGGCUGAAACAGAGCUGAAAGGUCUGAGACGUCGGCAGCUUUCCCUGGAGGAGGAGAUCCAGAUCAAGGCAGAUACAUUAUACAUUGAUGAAGUGCUCUGCAAGCCAAUGAGAGAGUCUGUUUGCAUUAACAACUUUUAAAGCCAUAUUACUGGACAGUUCAUGCUGAGAUUUUUAUUGACAAACUCCAAAUUUAUCGAUUUGAAUUAAUGCUGUCCUCAUUCUAGAUGUGUGAGGCAAUUAAAACAGACAGUACAUACA